AUGCCAAACAACGUGCAGAGAGCGAGCUCGGCCCCCACACUCGUCCCCGGAGCAACACCUUACCCAAGAGCUUCGGCUCCACGCUGGAGCACGGCGCCUGCGACGCGGCGGGGGAGGCGAAGGGUCCCACCAGAGAGGAAACACUGGAGCUGAUCCAGUGCAGGGUCAAAGGGAAGAGGCAGGAGGACGGCUGGCCCGAUGACAUCAAGAAGAUGACCAAGGAGCAGCUAUCCUGUGAGAAAACAGUCCUACAGAAGAACCUGCUGCACUAUGAGGGUCUGCAUGGUCGACCGGUGACCAGAGAGGAGCGUCUGGUGGUGAAGCCUCUUUAUGAUCGCUACAGAUUAGUUAAACAGAUGCUCACUAGAGUUAGUAUCACACCUCUCACAGUGUCGCCCUCCAGUAAAAGGCGGAGUCAGACCCUCCAGCCAAUCAUUGAAGGUGAAACCGCUCACUUCUGGGAGGAGAUCAAAGAGGAGGACGAGGACGGCUCCGAGGUCAUCAUGGCCGUCGACAUCGUGACCCCGACUGACGGGUCGAUGAGGAGCCAGAACCAAUCAGACAGAGCCAAGAUGGAGGAGGGGUCCGGGAGGCUGGCACUGGACCUGCGGCUGUCCAGCUCCAACGCCUCGUCCAUGCCAGAGCUGCUGGAACAGCUGUGGAAGGCCAGAGCAGAGAAGAAGAAGCUGAGGAAGACCAUCCGAGAGUUUGAAGAAGAUUUUUACCAGCGAAACGGAAGGAAUGUCCAGAAGGAGGACCGGGUCCCGAAGCUGGAGGAGUACAGAGAGUACAAGAGGAUCAAGGCCAAACUCCGCCUCCUGGAGGUUCUGAUCAGCAAACAGGAUUCCUCCAAAUCCAUCUAGACCCCCCCCCCCCCCCCUCAGAGACCGACCGUCACUGCCGCGAGGACCCGCCCUCUUCAGUCCGUCAGACGUCACAUCACAAACCACGGGGCGCUCAGCGUCCCUCGACGUCUCAUCAAGACGAGCGGAGGACGCCCACUCGGACUUCAACACGUGCUGCAUUCAUGUCGGGGAGGAAACAGUCUUUGACCUCGACCUGCAGUUUGACUUUGAUUCAUGACUCAGACGUUCUUUCUGACCAGGAGAAGACGAAGCAACGAGUGAGUCAGUAAAAAAACAAACAGCUCUACGUCGUCUCACGACAUCAAGUACAGACGACCUUUGAUUUUAAUCAUCGCUCUAAUUUGAUAAAUUAUGUGAUCAGACAUGUCAAAGAAAUGUUUGAGCUGCUUUUGGACGGAUCGGGCCGCUCUUUAAAAAGUGAUAAGCGUUAGACGUGCAUUUUUACAACUUUUUCCCCGUGUCAUGAAUGCAGCACCAACACCAGUUCACCUUCUA